GGAAAAGAAGAAAAUUAAGUGGAAUACAGAAGCCCGAGCCAAAGCAGAGGUGUUUCGUUAUCCCCAACGAAACAAGCCCAACCACAACACAAAACCAGUAGAGAGAGACUCAAGGUAGGUCUCUUAACACAGAACAAAAACCAAUAAAAAUGGCAGCGGAGACAGUGAGGCUAACAGGUUCAGCCUCAGGUUCAAGCACACCCUGCAAUUUCAAUGGGUCCCAAAGAAGACCAACUCACUUUCUUGGUCUCCCUUCUUCUCGUGCUUCAAUUUCAAUCUCUUCUUCUCUCUCUCAUUUCCUGGGAAGCUCUGCGCGCAUUGCCUCACACUCUUCUAAGCUCUCAACUUCACGCCAACUGCGAGAGAGGAGGAGAAACUUCUCCGUCUUUGCCAUGGCUGCUGAUGAGGCAAAGCGUACGGUGCCUUUGAAAGAUUACCGGAACAUAGGGAUUAUGGCUCACAUAGAUGCAGGGAAGACUACUACAACCGAACGGAUUCUGUACUAUACAGGAAGAAAUUACAAAAUAGGGGAGGUACACGAGGGAACAGCUACAAUGGACUGGAUGGAACAAGAGCAAGAAAGAGGGAUCACCAUUACUUCUGCUGCAACUACCACAUUUUGGAACAAGCAUCGCAUCAACAUUAUUGAUACUCCUGGCCAUGUUGAUUUCACACUUGAAGUGGAACGAGCUCUCAGGGUUUUGGACAGUGCUAUCUGCUUGUUUGACAGUGUUGCUGGUGUGGAACCACAGUCUGAAACUGUGUGGAGGCAAGCGGAUAAAUAUGGAGUGCCCAGAAUUUGCUUUGUUAAUAAGAUGGAUCGGCUUGGAGCAAACUUUUUCCGAACUCGAGACAUGAUAGUGACAAACUUGGGUGCCAAACCACUUGUUAUUCAAAUCCCAAUUGGUUCAGAAGAUAGCUUUAAAGGAAUUGUUGAUCUUGUGAAAAUGAAAGCUAUAGUUUGGUCAGGAGAAGAAUUGGGUGCAAAGUUUGCUUAUGAGGAUAUUCCAGCUGAUCUUCAAGAGUUGGCUCAAGAAUACCGUGCGCAGAUGAUAGAGACCAUAGUUGAGCUGGAUGAUGAAGCUAUGGAGGGCUAUCUAGAGGGAGUUGAGCCUGAGGAGGAAACAAUCAAGAUAUUAAUUAGGAAAGGAACGAUUGCAAGCAUUUUUGUCCCUGUCUUAUGUGGCUCUGCUUUUAAGAAUAAGGGGGUUCAGCCAUUGCUUGAUGCUGUCAUUGAUUAUUUGCCUUCGCCUAUUGACUUGCCAGCAAUGCAGGGUUCAGAUCCUGAGAACCCAGAAGUGACAAUUGAAAGGGCUGCAACUGAUGAUGAACCAUUUGCUGGACUAGCAUUCAAGAUUAUGACUGAUUCAUUUGUGGGAUCCCUCACAUUCGUGAGAGUGUAUUCAGGGAAGCUAAGUGCAGGAUCUUAUGUAAUGAAUGCGAACAAAGGUAAAAAAGAGAGAAUUGGAAGACUUCUAGAAAUGCAUGCCAAUAGCAGAGAGGACGUUAAAGUAGCUUUAACUGGUGAUAUAGUUGCUCUUGCUGGUCUAAAAGAUACCAUAACUGGUGAAACUCUUUGUGAUCCUGAUAAUCCUAUUGUGCUUGAGAGGAUGGACUUCCCUGAUCCUGUCAUUAAGGUUGCAAUUGAACCCAAGACUAAAGCUGAUGUUGAUAAGAUGACGACUGGUUUGGUCAAACUUGCACAGGAAGACCCAUCUUUCCACUUCUCACGUGAUGAAGAAAUCAACCAGACAGUGAUCGAAGGAAUGGGAGAAUUGCAUCUUGAGAUUAUUGUAGAUCGCCUCAAGAGAGAAUUUAAGGUAGAAGCAAAUGUUGGUGCACCACAAGUGAACUACCGUGAAAGCAUUUCCAAAGUAGCAGAAGUGAAGUACGUCCACAAAAAACAGUCUGGUGGGCAAGGACAGUUUGCUGAUAUAACAGUGCGGUUUGAGCCCAUGGAGGCAGGGACUGGAUACGAGUUCAAAAGUGAAAUCAAGGGAGGUGCAGUGCCAAGAGAAUAUAUUCCUGGAGUGAUGAAAGGACUCGAGGAGUGCAUGUCUAACGGAGUGCUUGCUGGCUUUCCUGUUGUCGAUGUACGUGCUGUUUUGGUAGAUGGUUCUUACCAUGAUGUUGAUUCAAGUGUGUUGGCAUUUCAACUGGCGGCCAGAGGGGCUUUCAGGGAAGGGAUAAAGAAAGCUGGUCCAAGAAUGCUAGAACCUAUAAUGAAAGUUGAAGUAGUCACACCUGAAGAACAUUUGGGUGAUGUUAUUGGUGAUCUCAACUCUAGAAGAGGUCAGAUCAACAGCUUUGGUGACAAACCUGGUGGUUUGAAGGUGGUUGAUUCCCUUGUUCCACUGGCUGAGAUGUUCCAAUAUGUUAGUACACUUCGAGGAAUGACGAAAGGGCGUGCAUCCUACACCAUGCAAUUAGCCAAGUUUGAUGUUGUCCCUCAACAUAUCCAAAACCAGCUUGCUGCGAAAGAACAAGAAGUUGCUGCUUGAUUUUGUUUUUCUGAUUCCCUGAAGAGGACGGAGCAUUGUAUUCUUGUGAAAUGGAUGCCUUUUGUUUCAAGUAACCAAUUUUGUUUUAUUUUGUACCAUUCCUAUAUGUAAAAUGCAAAAGGAUUUACAAAAAAACAAAGAAUUAAGGUUUGAGAAA